AUGGAGGCGGCUCUGGUGAGUGCAGCGACGAGAGCCUUGAAACCCGUCCUGGAGAAGCUAGGCGCUCUGGUGGGCGACAAGUACAAGAGGUUCAAGGGUGUCCGUGACGAUAUCAAGUCACUCACGCGUGAACUCACUGCCAUGGAAGCAUUUCUUCUCAAGAUGUCAGAGGAAGAGGACCCUGAUUUUCAGGAUAAGGUGUGGAUGAAUGAGGUGCGGGAGCUCUCUUAUGACAUGGAGGACUCCAUCGAUGACUUCAUGCAGAGUGUGGGCAGCCAAGAUUCAAAGCCAGAUGGUUUCUUGGAAAAGAUGAAGAACUCGUUGGGGAAGAUGAAGGCUCGUCGUCGCAUCGGAAAUGAGAUCCAUGAUCUGAAGAAACAGAUCACAGAGGUGGCGGAGAGGAAUGAAAGGUACAAGGCUCGUGAGGCCUUCUCCAAGGCCAAGAAUACAACCAUUGAUCCUAGAGCUCUUGAUAUCUUUAAGCAUGCCUCUGAGCUUGUCGGAAUUGAUGAACCCAAGGCUGAGGUAAUUAAAUUGUUGACUAAAGGUGUGUCAACGCAAGAGCAAGUGAAGCUGGUCUCUAUCGUAGGAUCUGGUGGGAUGGGCAAGACAACUCUUGCAAAUCAAGUGUAUCAAGAUCUCAAAGGAGAAUUUAAAUGUCGGGCCUUCUUAUCUGUGUCGAGAAAUCCAAACAUGAUGAAUAUCAUGAGAACUAUUUUUAGUGAAGUCAGUGAGAAAGAUUAUGCUAACACUGAAGCAGGGAGUAUACAACAACUCAUUAGCAAGACCGCCUAUUUCCUGGCAGACAAAAGGUAUUUUGUUGUUAUUGAUGAUAUACGGGACGUGGAUACAUGGCAUGUUAUCAAGCUUGCAUUUCCCGUGACUAGUUCUGGAAGUAUCAUAAUCACCACUACCCGUAUAAAUGAAGUUGCUGAAUCAUGUUGUUCAACGCCAUUCAGUGGAGAUAUUUAUUGCAUGAGGCCUCUUGACAUGGUGCACUCUAGGCAGUUAUUUUACACAAGACUAUUCAACGCCCAAGAAAACUGCCCCGCACACCUUAAAACAGUUUCUGAGCAUAUUUUGAGAAAAUGUGAUGGGUUGCCUUUGGCAAUCAUUGCUAUAUCUGGUUUGUUGGCUAAUAUUGAAAGGGUAGAAGGUCCAUGGAAACAAGUUGAAGAUUCGAUUGGUCGAGCACUUGAAAGAAAUACCAGUGUUGAAGGAAUGAAGAUACUAUCACUUAGUUACUUUGAACUGCCUGCUCAUCUAAAAUCUUGUCUCUUAUGUUUGAGUACAUUCCCUGAAGAUUCUGUUAUUAGGAAGAAAGUUUUGAUAAAUAGGUGGAUUGCUGAAAGAUUAAUUCAUACAGAAGCCGGAUAUAGUACAACAUAUGAGUUUGGAGAAAGGUGUUUUAAUGAGCUCAUCAACAGGAGUUUGAUCCAACCUUUGAAAAUGGGUAACUAUGAUAGGGUAAAGAGUUGUCGACUUCAUGACACAAUUCUUGAUUUCAUCAUAUCCAAAUCCGUCGAAGAAAACUUUGUUACUUUGGUAGGUGUUCCUAGUUUGUCUGUUGGGACACAAAGCAAAGUUCGUCGGCUCUCCCUGCAAGCCGGCAAGCAAAAAGAAUUGAUAGUGCCAAAAGGCUUGGUGUUGUCUCAUGUCCGAUCACUUGAUGUGUUCGGAGAAUCCGUGAAAAUCCCUUCUAUGGAUAAGUUCAGGCAUUUGCGUUUUCUGGACUUUGAAGGUUGCAAACAACUGGAGAACCAUCAUCUUAAAAAUAUAGAUAACUUGUUUCAGCUCAGGUACCUGAGCCUUCAUGGGGUGAAGAAAGUAAGCAACCUCCCAGAACAAAUUGGACGCCUAUGGUGCUUAGAGACACUGGACUUAAAUGGUACCUCUGUUUGCGAGUUACCAGCAUCUAUUGUCAAUCUCAAGAGACUGGUGCACCUAUUAGUAAACCAUAAUGUUACACUUCCUUGUGGAAUUUCCAAGCUGCAAGCACUGGAGAAAUUGAAGGUUGUCACUGUCUAUAACCAGUCAUUUAACUUGCUGCAAGAAUUUGAGCAUCAGCCGAGCCUGAAGGCGCUGACCCUUGAUUUUGAGGAUUAUAAUUCUGCUGACCGAGUGAAUGCUGAAAAUGAGUCCAAGAAAGAUAUUGUUGUCGCUUCCCUUAAAAACCUAGGGAACCUUCUCUCCUUAGCUGUUUGGGAUGGCCCUGAAUUUGUAAGGGAGUCUUUGUGCCCUAUGCCACUUAGCCUUCAGAAGCUGAAAGUCUGGCGUUCUAGUAUUCCCCAUGUUCCAAAGUGGGUGGGCUCCCUUGUCAACCUCCAGGAGUUACGCCUUGAAUUGUUCAGACCUGAGCAGAAAGAUUUAUAUAUCCUUGGAGGCUUACCUGUUCUGCGUUGUCUGGUUCUGGAAAUUGAUGACUGUGAAACUAUAAAUACUCCUUUAACAGAAGAGCCUGAAGUUACAAGGGUCAUAGUCUGUGGUGAAGUUGGAUUCCCGUGCUUGAGGAUAUUUGUUUAUGAUAAUCGGUAUGCUUGGAUGAAUUUGACCUUUGCCGCUGGAGCCAUGCCCAAUGUAGAUGACCUUUUGAUAGCAUUUGACCCAGAAGAAACUGAGUCUGUCGGUACUAGUGGUGAUUUUGAUCUCGGAAUCGAAUAUCUCCCCAGCCUCGUUAGAAUCAGAUGUGUGGUAUGGGGAUUCAAUAGCAGCAGAGUUGAGGCUGCAGAGACUGCCAUUCGGGAAGCAGCCUACGCACAUCCCAACCGCCCUACUCUACGCUUCGACUGA